UAUCAAUCUAGUAGUCGCGUGCCCCACCCCUAUCGCCCUGUGUAAUUAAUAGGCAGAGCUGUUGCAGAUGCAGCUGUGCUCCUCUUCCCCUUGUCUAGCGAGCCACAUGAGAAGAGCCCACCGCGGCCCCCACACCCCAUACUUACAAACAUAGAUGAAACAUAAAGUAGCGUCGUGAAAUGUAAGUGGUACUACUACAUUCAGAUUCACAUGUGGGACUAAACUGCCUGUCCUGCACCCUUCUCCGGGGCGAAGGCCCGAGGAGCCGAAAGAAUUGAGCUGCUUGAUAUCAAACUAAUUAUCCUUGGCGAAAUGCCUUACUUUGCGUCCGCUAUCGGGAAGGUAUUUGUUGGCCUGAGUUUAUCCUUUCCGAACACGUUCCCCGCCGACAUUUGAUGUCGUUGUCCUCCGCCGAAUGACGUCCCACAAUCAAUUGAUUUCUUGGCAUUGGUACAAAUUCUGGGCAAAAGGCACCUGCUUAGUUUGGCUGGGUGUGUUUGUCAUGAGCAUGAUCUUCUAAACCCCAUGGCCAUAGGAAACAGGCCUUUCAAUAUGCGACGAAGCGACCGAAUCUUGGUUACAUUGCGGACACAGAUAGAUGUUUCCUGCGCCGGGAACAAGUUGUAUAGCGCCGGAGCUUCAAUGCAUGCAGUCACACUUAUUGUUUGGCGCUUUUCUACUUCUACUUAUGGGCAAUCCGCAGAGCUUUGUAUUUUGAUUUUCUUUGUCUUCCUCUUCGCGUCAAAAAGACAGCAUCCUUGAUGCGUUGAUGUCGUUGUGUCGUG